AUGAGUGGAAUUAAGAUUGGCCUGGGUCCGCCGUGUCCUCACAGGCAGGAGUACAAUGCGGCUAAAGUCAGGAUUGAUCAGGCACUCGAGACUCUCAAGCGAGAACUGAAGAGCAUGAGGGACCAGGAUGUAGCCCUCCUGAAGCAUCUCAUCAAAAUCAAUGAAACGAUCCGGAAACUGGCCAGGGGGCGCUCCAACAGUCGGUCCAAUCAGCGCAAGGCUAGCUGCUCGGGAAGCACAGUGGCCGUGGGAGAAGGUACAGCACGACUGGUUCGUCAGCUGAGUGAACCACAUGACUGCCGAAUUAAUGCGAAGGAAGACGAACUACUUGGGUCAUCAGUAGGAAGUUUGGAGGAUUACGUGGGCGAUUAUGUUGAUGAUUUUUCCAUCAGCUCUGGCAGUGAGCUUGAGGACAGCACACCGUCUCUCCGGGACAUUCGCCUGAUCUCACGACCAAUUUCACGACCAAGAUCCAUUUCCUUCCUCACUAACGCUGUCCGCAAAGACGCCGACUCUCCCACAACGAACAAUUCCGUAUACGAGGAGAUUCUGCGCAGAAAUAUCAUAUUGUGGAAACACAGAGUGUCAACAGGAACGGAGGCAAAGAAUGAUUCAGUGUUUUGUGAAGAGGACGAGGAUGUGGAAGGUUACAACAACGCUACUCUUGUAUAAAAGCUACUCUACUGAAAGCAAUAUACAGC